AUGGCGAUCAGAAGAAUGAGAUUAACGCAACAGCUUCUCAAAUUUACUUCAUCAGUUAAUCACUUGCCGUGGGCUCGUUCAUUUUGUUCAUCCAGCAAAAUCCCGUCUCAAUUUGAAAAGGUAGGAUUUAUUGGGUUAGGAAAUAUGGGAUCCAGAAUGGCUCAGAAUUUGAUCAAGGACGGCUUCAAUGUUACUGUUCAUGACCUAGACCAAAAUGCCAUGAAAAUUUUCUCAGAGAAGGGGAUUGUAACAAAAGAUACACCUUUUGAAGUUGCAGAAACAAGUGAUCUCGUGAUAACAAUGUUGCCUUCUUCAACCCAUGUACUCGAUGUUUACACUGGACCAAAUGGCAUGCUUCAGAAUGACAGUCCAGUCAGACCAUUUUUAUUUAUAGAUUCUUCGACAAUUGACCCUCAGACAUCAAGAAGAGUUUCUGCUACAUUAAGUGAUUGUUCACUGAAAGAAAAGAGCGAUAGCUGGGAAGUCCCGGCUAUGUUGGAUGCUCCUGUAUCAGGAGGUGUUCUUGCGGCGGAAAGUGGAACACUUACAUUUAUGGUUGGUGGUUCAGAGGAAGCUUAUGUAGCUGCAAAACCCUUACUUCUAUCAAUGGGUAAAAACACAAUUUACUGUGGUGGAGCAGGAAAUGGUUCAGCUGCAAAAAUCUGUAACAACUUGGCAAUGGCUGUGAGCAUGCUUGGUGUAUCAGAGGCCCUAGCUCUUGGUCAGAAAUUGGGCAUUGCUUCCAGUACCUUGACCAAGGUCUUCAAUUCCUCGAGCGCUCGCUGUUGGAGUAGUGACACUUACAACCCAGUGCCUGGAGUAAUGGAUGCAGUACCGGCAUCAAGGAAUUACGAUGGUGGAUUUGCUUCCAAGUUGAUGGCUAAAGACCUGCACCUGGCAGUAUCGUCAGCCAAGGAAGUUGGUCUUGAAUGUCCACUUACAUCUCAUGCAGAAAAGAUGCAUCUUUUUUACAUCCGACUUAAGAGAGUAUAUUCUCUGGACAUGUGUGACUGUGCCUGGGAUCAAAUUAGCCUUAGUCUUCAUCCCUUCAUCAGUUUCCAUCUGGUUGUAACGUUGAAUGGAAUGUUGGGCAAUGGUUUGAAAGACUCGUUAUUGCUUGUAAAUUUUGAUGAUGAGACUAUGGAAAAGAGAGUAUAUUCUCUGGACAUGUGUGACUGUGCCUGGGAUCAAAUUAGCCUUAGUCUUCAUCCCUUCAUCAGUUUCCAUCUGGUUGUAACGUUGAAUGGAAUGUUGGGCAAUGGUUUGAAAGACUCAUUAUUGCUUGUAAAUUUUGAUGAUGAGACUAUGGAAAAGAAAUCGAAAGUGGCCAAGUUUUCUUCUUAG